AUGCCAAUUCCAUUAGGUUCUCGGGGUUGUUGCAUCCAAGAACUAAGGGCAUCCCUUUAUUCAGCCACAUUUUUUAUAAGGCCGUUGCAAACUUAUUUAGAACUAGAUCAAGUUGUACAAGUGACCAGAGAAACACCCAAAAAGUCGUGCAUCCACUGUGCAAAGGAGGUAAACUUGUCUGAACUGGGAGUGCAUUGCCAGUCCCUUAAAUGCACUCUGGCGAGACCUGGAACCAGUGCCCAAACAGUUGACACAGAGGGAAAUAGGUACGAUUCUUCUCACAGUCCUUUAACUAGGUGUCAGUUGAUCUAACCAGUGAUGAAAGUCUUGCGAAGACAGUUGGAGAUUUAAUGCCUUUGACCUCGUCUCAUUGGGGAAGCACAGCUUCCUUUAGUGGAAAGCUGGAAGUUUUGAGGGACAUCUUCCUGCAAGUCGAACUUGAUACGCUAUCAAAAGUUGCGACUUAA